AUGUCUGUCCUUAAUGUCGACAAUUCAAUACAAGUUCCGAACACUCAAAACACAACACCAUUGUCUCCGGUCGGUCAUUUGCAAUAUGCCCAGAAAGAUUCUGGCUCCGAAUCAAUAAGUCCUGUUUAUGAGGGCUUCACCUUUUCCAAGGCUAUGCCAAAAGAAAGCGCAACCUGGAUAUGUGUGAAACGGACAGCCAUGCAUCUGAACCAAGAUGAGUACUUCAGAAUGGUUCAGAAGAGGGCAAAUAAAAAGUCUGUUGCCCAGCAAUAUCAGGGCCUAUCCUCUGAUACCAGGCGUGCUCAUAUCAAUCAACUGAUUGACGAAAAAAGGCACAAUAAUCCACUUGUUGAGUGGAGUUGCGUCUAUAUAAAAGAGCACACAAAGAUAUUCAAGGCCAAACAUGCUCGUCAUGGGGACUAUGAAACGGUCUCCAUGGAUGUCAUCAUCAAGCAAAUGCCCAUGAAAGCCAAAGCCUAUUACAGGGCCUCUGUGGGUUGCUCAGUGGCUAUUGGGAAUAUUUUGCGGCCUACACUUCAACAACUGGCUCCAGCGAUGAAUUCUUUUGCACAUUUGAAUUCAACUCGGGGACCUGCCUAUGAGAAUCCGAAUGGACAGUUUGAAAGUACAAAUCCAGACGUUGAGACAAGUCAUCCAACAAGAUCGCAAGACCAUGAACCCAUCCGGUCAACUGUGACCAACGAUAGACGGGAAAAUCUAGCCUUCAGUACCAGAAACAGCAACGAGAUGAGUCUGGACCAUACUUCAGAUUAUUCAUCGGACAGCAGCAGCGACCCAGAUGAUGAUGAUGCAUCUAUGAUUUCCGACCAAUCCGACGAAACUUCUGCAACAGACGACGAGACUGAGACUGAGUGUCAAGAGCCACAACCAGACCAGGCCUCUCUCCGACAACAGAAUGCCAGUCCUUACCGUCACGAGGCAAGCUAUGCGCCUCAUUCUUGGCGAAAGUUCCAAGGCCAUAAUAUCGACAGAAGAAAUGACAGAAAUUAUCCUUUCCGCGAUCAAUUUGAGGUACCUCCAGUCAAGACUGCUAACCCAAGACGGGCUCAGAGCGCUCGGCCAGGUUCAGUGCCUAGUAAAAGAUAUCGAAUGCAACUGAUGAACGAUAAUGAGAUCAGAAGCAGAAUGCUUGAUCACCGUGAAGCAAGUCUUGGACAUCGGGAGAAAUGGCUGAAGAGAACUUUUUCUGAAGCGCAGCUUGAGGGUACUCAACCAGUGAGGGAUCCGCCAGCAGUGUGCCGAUGUACCUGUCGUUGCGCGAUCAAGGGGAAGAGAGAAGCUGUGUGA